UCUCUGCAUCUCCCCCUUCAUUCUUUGUCGCGCUCUCUCUUUCUCUCUCGCUUGCUUUUUCCUCCGUCUCUCCUCCCUCUCCCCUCAACGGAGUGUCAAAGUUCCGUGACUACCACUCGUCGUCGACGUAUCCGUCGGUCGUCGGUCGACCGAUGUCGAUGUAGGUUACGAGGAGAGGAGAAACGAACGAUCGCGGGGUGCGAGUCCGUGGAAGUGUGACGCGGCCGGGCGGCGACUGACACGCACCUCCCACGGGGGAAAAAGAAAAAACGGAAAGAACGUCGUGCACGCGCAACGUAGUAGUACAUCGAGUGCCGAAGCGGAGCGACCGAGCGAGCGAGCGAGCGUGUGUAGAGCGGGGCAGAGAGCGAGAGGAGAGCCCACGGAGACGUCGGAGAGUCGGACGAGACCUGCGGCUGCGAGAGAGGAGCGAUCUCUCUCCGAAGGAGGCUCUCGCCUGCUAUCCCGGCGGGAGCUGUCAUAAAUGUGCACAUUCUACGUAGACUGCGCGAUCUAUGCACGGUCGACGGGCCGAUCUAUCGGUGGCGAGUGCUGAUCGUCGUGCCUGACGUUUCCGCGGCUCCGGCAGCGAGUCGACGUUAAAUCAUCAUCAUCGUCUUCGUCGCGGCAUUGCUCCUGGUGGUCGCUGCUGUCGCCGAUCAUCGCCGACGUCGUCGUCGCCCCGAGAAGCAGCUAGCCCAGCCCAGUGUACCUAUCUAACAGCGUGCCCCUCGACAACGCGAAACAGGUGAUCAUGGCGACUCGGGGUGCGGCCCAGAGGCCGAACGGAUCGACACAAGGGAAAAUUUGUCAGUUUAAACUAGUUUUACUCGGUGAAUCGGCAGUUGGGAAAUCGAGUCUUGUUUUAAGGUUUGUCAAAGGACAGUUUCACGAGUACCAGGAGAGUACGAUUGGCGCUGCAUUUCUAACGCAAACCGUAUGUUUGGACGACACGACUGUAAAAUUUGAAAUCUGGGAUACCGCGGGGCAAGAACGUUAUCACAGUCUUGCACCGAUGUAUUAUCGUGGCGCACAGGCAGCCAUCGUCGUGUACGACAUAACAAAUCAGGAUACAUUCUCGCGUGCCCAAACAUGGGUGAAGGAAUUGCAGCGCCAAGCCAGUCCGAGCAUAGUAAUAGCAUUAGCUGGAAACAAGGCAGAUUUGGCAAACAAGAGAGUCGUCGAGUACGAUGAAGCUCAAACGUAUGCGGACGAAAAUGGCCUUCUUUUCAUGGAAACAUCUGCUAAGACGGCAAUGAAUGUCAACGACAUAUUCCUUGCAAUUGCUAAAAAGCUUCCUAAAAACGAACAGUCAGGAAGCGCAAGUACGAGUGGUCAAGGCCGUCGAUUAGUCGAGUCAGAUGGGCAAAAGGCAGCAACCGGCAAUUGCUGCAAGUGAUUAUCUAAAUCCAUAUGUACUAUAAUCUACAAAGAUAGGUGCACCACGAGUGUGCUACGAUGAAUUUGAGAA